CCUGCACUCCACGAAACACUCUCCAGACUGAACCUCCCACAGAGGCCGCGCCGGUGCCCUGCUAAGUCGAGCGUCUUCGUCUUCUCCAUCUGUCUAAAACCAAAAGAUUUUGUCUGCACCAUAAUCGCAAACCACUGCUAUCUCUGCAUAUAGCCGUAUGAAUUGCUAGUUUUUGUUUCUCCAUUGCUGCUGUCAAAGGUUAGCUAGGCUAGUAUCGUUUCGAGCAAGCUCGUGAUGCCAAGUUGGAUUGUCGUUUGUGUUCUAUUCUUCUCCCGGGUUAUGAUCUAUCUAAUGUCUCAGUUCCAUUUUUCUAUUUGUAAUUUUAGAUUGGAUUUUGCCAUUUAUCUUUUUCCUGUUCUUACCUUUGGGGGUUGAUGGACAUAUGCGGGAGGGGUUGCACGUAUCCAAACACACACAUAUGUGUAUUGCGAAAGCAAUUUUUCAAUGAAUGACCGUUUGUUUCUUAGUUGCGUUGCCCUCCUGUUUUAUUAGAAGCUUGUAUAUAAUCUAUCUAUUAUUCAGUUUUACAUUUGAGAAGAUGUUUAGAUACAUGACUACUUAUGGAUUUCUUUGAUUACAUGAGUCACUCUUAUCACGUUUACUGACUAAAUUUCUUGUUUCAAAAGAGGGCAUACUAAGUUCAGGCAGUUCUGAGGACACCUGCAGCUACUCUCUAAUUUUGUAGCAUGUUCAUCUUCUUUUAUUCAAGGCACCAUUGCAAUUGAAAGAGCAUCACCAUUGAAUUUUUCGAUAUUACUUGCCAAAGUUCAUUCUUACUAGAAUUCAUUUGAGAAAAAUUCCUUAUAUAGAACUAAAACAUAGACAAAAUGCACAUAUAGGACCACCACUGUUUUCUUCCUAAAAUUGGACUUUGGACAUAUUCAUUCCUAAUAGGGGAAGGUUUAUACGGAGUACUUUUGAUAGGAUCAAAUAAGUCCUAUGUUGGAAAUAAAACACAUAUAGUCCUAUUUGUGCAUUUCAUCUAUGUUUUAGUCCUGUUUAGAGCAAUUUCUAUAUUCAUUUCAUGAAAUCUGGAGUUCUAAACAAGUUUAUAUUCAUUUUGUGCAUCCUGCUAUUCAAUGCCAUGCAUGUGACUCUUUUCAAAUAAGAUGCUUAUCUACUUCCUAUUCUAACUAUAUUAGGAAUUAGGAUGCUUUCCAGUGUUAGAUAUGGGAACAACUAAUGAUAGGAAUGGAAGUGGUUGCUUACCUAUGCUGUCUUCCGAAAAUGGCUCCUUGUUUGUGCCUGCUCCACCUACAGCCAUACAUCCAGAUGCAAAGCAAGAAGAACUUGACCAAAAAGUUCUACUAUGUCAAGGACAAGGUUUGAGACUUCUGGGAGACACAUCAAUCUACUUGCAUAUCAUUUUAGAGUUUCUGUGAAGUGUCCCGAUGAAACUUUUUGCCAGUACAGCGUAAGUAAUUUACUUCACUUUCAUGAGUUUCAUCCUAAUUCGAGGCAGCAUGUUGUGGGGAGAAACGUAUUAGAGAAUGUUAUGACAGGUUACUAUUACUUGUGAGGACAAAAAGGCUGUUAAUGGCAGCUGCAUUGGGAGAAAAGUCAUAAACUUCAUCAAACAUAUUCUUCUGAAUUUUCUGGGAAGAGGUUUGCAUAUGAUGGAGAAUGAUGUUUGUACACAGUGGAGCUCUAGAACAGAACAACAUGAAGUAUACUGUAGUUCUUGAAGAGGCUACGGGCAAAAUGUAAUUUCUUUCACUAUGUGCAUUGCUUCUCAUUUCUUUCGCAUAAAUGUCCAUUAAGAAGUAUGAGAAUGAUAAACUUAGAUGUUGAAAUACUCUAGGUUAACGCACUCCAGCCUGUAUUGUAUCCUCUCCACCUUAAGACCACUACACUUUUUAGUUUUAAAAUCUUUCAUAUGUUUAGCAACUAGGAUAGCUCCACCUCUUUAUGUUGAUCUUAUUCGUGUAUUAUGCUCUUACACAUGGACCAGUGGAUUCCUUGGUGAUUCUGUUAAAAGGUCCAAGGGCUCUUUACAACCAAGGACGCUCAUAGUGGAGAUAACUUAUUCUGCUAAAAUACCUUAGCUCGGUGUAUCAUGCCCUUGAAGGAGCUGACCCAGAACAUGGUCAAAAUGCACCGAGGGUCCUUGACGUUAUACUGAGACAAUGAGCAGCUAAUAGGCAGCAAAUUACUUCUUCAUGUCACGUGUAACAUUUGUUUCAGCUAAGACAUAUCAAGAUUUCUUUAUGGCCUCUUUAAGACAUUUGUUACCUAUUGUAACAAUUGCUUCCUACAGAGGUUGCCUCUUGGUUGGUCAGUCAUUCUUUCUUGACGACUCAAGAAACUGUACUGAAAUUGGCGGGGGUGUAACUGGUUGUAGAGGGUUCCAUUCUUGCUUUCGCACAACUCAUGCUGGCUUGACCCUCAAUAUGGGGUUUUCCCUGAAACAACUUAGUAUAUGAAUAUCCUAGUGGCAGAGAAGGUCAGAUGUUUUCUAUGGCUGGUGCUGAAAAAUAAAUUGCUUACAAAUGUGGAAAGGGAGAAGCAACAAAUGGCUGAUGAUGCUUGAUGUCCAAUAUGUAACAUUGAGGAAGAAACAGUGCUGUAUAUUCUUAGAGGAUUGUUCUCCCGUGGCUUCAGUUUGGAGAGAAAUUGGCCUCGAGAUAAAUAGAAUGGGUGAGGAUAUGUUAAAAAUUUUUUAUUGGAUUUAUAGCCACUGUCAUAACUCUAGAAGUGAUCCAGGCAGAAAUCUGCAAGAUUCUAGAUUUGCUUACACAACUUGGUUGAUUUGGAAGACACACGAAAUGCGCUGAUAUUUGAGAUUUUCAGGGCAUUCAACCAGAUGUGCACCGCCUUUGGAAGGCUGCCAAACUCUUAGUUGCAGCAUAUACAAUUGUUUGCUCUUUGAAUCAAAUCAAACAACAAAGAGUAGCUAAACCUAUUAGAUGGAUUCCACCAGAAGUAGGUUGUUUGAAAGUCAACUGUGAUGGGUCUUGCUGGGGUAGGGAUAAGGUGGCUGGAGCUGGUGGUUUAAUACGAAACCAUGAAGGGGAAUGGGUGAGUGGUUUUAUGCUUAAUAUUGGUAAAACUGAUAGCUUUAAGGCAGAGCUGUUGGGCACUAGACAGGGGCUUCUUGAAAGUAUAAUUCAGGCUCUGAAGAAUAAAGAUGGACAGAAUGCUAAUAGUAUGGGAAUACUUGUGUGGGAUUGUCAGAAACUCUUAACCAAAGAGAGAUUUAAUAAAUUACAACAUACUUUUCGCGAAGGAAAUAAAUACAGGCAUUUUGGCAAAUGCAUCGCAUCAAGCGUCAAAAGGUUUGUCUAUUUUUCAAGAGGUUCCUAUUUGGAUGACACGCUCUCGGCUCUCUAUGGGAGGAUGCAAUUGGGCUAGAGACUAUUAGAUUCUAAUUUAUGUUAUUUUCCAGUUGUACCUUCUGCUUUAUUCUAGUUACAGCUCAUCCUCUGAAUAAAGCAGCAGUUACUGCUCAUCCGUUGCUGCGGUCAUUCUUCUUUACCUUAUCGCUUUUAGGGCAAAGAUACACCGAUAGUACAAUACCAGUUAGAAAAAUUUCUCCCUAAUCUCUUGCGUUUUUCUGUCUGCCAGGUGGUUGAAUCCCGGUUUUGGCCAUUGAUUUCGAAACAACAGGCUGCUGUUCGAACUCAAUCUUCUAAGGUAGAAAUGGUUGAAUCUCUAUAUAAGCCUUUAGCAGAUAGUGAGGACGAUGGUAUCAUGAGGACAUGAGAGAGCUGCAUGUGGACUUUUAUCAAACAAGGAAUGGGAGCAAACCAGCUCAAAUUAUUGUUUUCAGGUAUUCCACCAUUUUAUGAGUCUGGUCUGGUUGCUUAUGAAGAUGAAACUUGUAGCAGAGAUUAUCCAUGUCAAAGUUUCAUUUUAUUAUCAUUGAAAGUUUUAAAAGUACAUCUCAUCUUCAUUUUUUGUGGAACUUAAUAUUGAAAUAUGGUAUUUUCUCCUCACUCCCAUCCUAUGGAGUUAAUUGUAUGUUGUGCCCACGUUCUAAUGUUCUUGUAUUUGCAGGCUUUAGUAUUAUUAAUGUCAUGGCACAAAAAUCUUCCUCAGGGAUGUGUUGGUGAAUCACAAUUUCGUUAAGCAUCAAGUUGGAUGAAUGAUCAAGGUAAUAUGUUUUAUCUGAUCUGUCAAUGGCACCACUCUCUCAAACAUCAUAAU